GCUACUUCCAUUGACCUUGAUUAACUUGAGGUCAGAUUCGGUAUUUAAUUUGUUGCUCCUAUUCUUCUUGUGAUGCGUUGAUAGAUAGAAAAAAUUUUAUAGGAAGGAAUUUUGAUCCUCCGUUCUGUUUUUAUUUAGAUGAGCUACCACUUGCAUCAUUUAGGCCCAUGAAGCAAGUACCCAUUACUCAAGAUUCAUCAGAUGAGUUCGAAAUAAAUAGUGUCAGACCUUCAAACUCACUCGAUAAAACUAUUCAAGCCCCUUCAGCUGAUUGCUCAAAGAUUUCGUUUUCUUUGCCUUCUGCGAGCAAAUGUGUUCCAGGAUCUAGUCCUCCCAUACAUAAACUCCCGUUUGAUGUGAUUCUAGAGAUUUUCAAGCUUCUUCCAGCAUCCGACUUACUGCACAAUGUUCCAGCUGUCUGUCAGUUGUGGUAUAAUGUGUCUUUGACUCCUAUUCUUCGCACCCGUCUUGCAUUACGACGUCAGAUACCAGCCGAAUUGAUUAUCAAAGCUAUUUCCAGUCGGCCGAUGCUUCGAGUUCUACGAUGUCUGGCACUUAAACAUGCGGAGUCUGUACUUCCGGAUGCUAUUAAGCUUUGUCCUUUACUUACAUGUCUUAAUAUAGGGUUUAGCACCUUGAGCGAGCGAGCAACAACUAUCCUCGUGAAUAAUCUUCCACCAACAUUACUGCAUCUCAACGUUGAAGGUGUAAAUACCAUAGAGAUUGAUUUCAUUACUACUUUAGUACUUAGGUGUCCAAAGUUAGAAGCGCUCAAUCUGUCACAUUGUGUUUCAGUGUGUGAUACAUGUGUAAAAGUAAUUUCAAGUGGACUACACAAUCUGCGCCGUCUUAACUUGGAUGGUGUUCUUUGGAUUACAGACACCGGUGUUUUACAUCUGGCCGACAGCGAAGCUGUGCGUAAUGGUAACCUUGAUGCUAUAUGGUUGGAUGGUUUUGAACUUUCAAAUUCCGGAUUAAAUGAAUUCAUUAUUCGAUUGGAAUGUGCUACGAAACGGAUAUUAGACGUUGAAGAUCUUGUAAAUCCAGAAAUUGAACACAAUAUAAUUGGAAUUCAGCAACUGUGGAUUAGCUUUUGUGAUCAUGUUGAAGAUGAAGCAAUUAAAUCCAUAGCUAACCUUUCAAAUCUUGUUGCCCUUACAUUGCGGAAAACUCACCAAGUCAGUCCUACCGGUUUAAGCUCAUUAUUUGUCUCCAAAAGUCUAAGUCAUUUGGACCAUCAAUUAAAUUUGAGGUAUCUUGAACACUUAGAUUUAAGUGAAGCUCCUGGUUUGAAUGAUUCAGUAGUGAUGGACAUUUGUAGUUGUUGUGGUAGUCGCCUACGCUUUCUUACCUUAAACUGGUGUUGGGAAGUUACUGAUAUUGGUGUGAACCAAAUAAUUGAAAUAUGCAGUUCUUUACGUCAGCUAAGCCUUAUUGGGAAUUCUGUUAUUCAAGGAAAAGCAUUUGCUGAUAUCCCGUUAAAGGUACCUCAUUUAGUGAUAUUAAAUUUGACUCAAUGUAAUCACGUUGUUGAUAAUAUACUUGAAGAUCUUUCACUUAAAAUGCCAAAUUUAUAUGUUUUUGACUUCUUUGGUGAACGUGUCGGUGGAGGACUGAAUGAUAUUUGCCACUUUGAUAUAUCUAGAGCAUUAGGCAAGGUGCCAAUUUGUACAGAUUAACUAGUUGUGUCCAAAAUCAAUUGAAUUACUUCAGCUAUGUAUUCAACACUUUAAUAGUUAUUAUACUGCUUAAUUAAUCUGUGAUAUUUACAUCUAAGUUCUAUCCACACUAUAUAGUCCGCUUAGUUUUCCUCUUUUUCGCUGAUUCGGUGUCAUUAUAGCAUUAUUAAGCAGAUUUUGUCCAUUCUUUUAUGGAAAUCUUGUACAUUUUCUUUGUUAUUGACAAAUUACAACGCAUACAAAUCAUGAAAUUAGUUUGGUAUGGAAGAAUAUUUUUUCAUGUUGUCAUGCUGGAUAAAAAUAAAACUUCUAUUUUAUGAUUGAAAUUUAUUUGAUAUUUUUUGCGUGUUUUGAAUUUGAAGCUGUAUCACAUCCACUUUCAAUUUUUAUUCUUAUCUUAAUAUUCUAAACUGUUCCAAGUUUCUUGUUUAGUAAUUAUUGCACAAUAUCUAUUUUUGUUAAGAAAAAACAAACAAUACACACUGAACAUGUGUUUAGCCUGUCCGUAGAGAAGGUAGUGCAAUUUUUUUUGUUGAUUAAAAGUGCAUACGAAUAGCAAAAGAUAUAAUUUCAUGUU